AAAAAAGCUAAUGACUUUCACUUUUACCAAGCAAAAGAAAAUUCGCAAAAGUUGGAAUUCAGAAAUUUUCCCUUUAGAUUCCUUCACUUUGGUUUCUCAUGCCUCUGCAACCUCCACCUCUCGUAAUCUGUGAUUUCCAUCUUCAAUUUCGAACUCACAACUCAACAGCUUCUCCUUAGGCUCUAUCCAUUUCUAUUCGUUGCGGUGCUUUUGGCUUUAUCAUGAGGGGAUUGGGUGGGGUAUAGUGUGGGUUUGGUUGCCUUUUUGGUGGAGAUCUUACGUAGCUAUUGGUUGAAUUUGGUCUUUUCUUGUUUCAUUUUGCUUUAUCUGUUGUGGAAGGAGACUGCUGAAUGCUAGUGCUGCUUGUAUUUUGGAGAAUAGCAGCUUCUGGAGUACUGAUUAUUCAUUAUUGUCUAUCAGAACUCAGUAAAUCUUUAAUGCUGCUCCGAGUGAGUACCCUUCAUAUUUUGCAUUUUCCACUGGGAUCGCAAUUUGAUUUGUGUCAAGCGAAACAGAGUGAUACUGUAUUUGAUUCUUGUGGCCGUUCGUUUAUAUGUUUUGAAUCUUUCUGAUUUUCUUUUUCAUUUUUAAUUUAGUUUUUGUUGUUUUUUGGGCUGGAGGAGUGAUUUUUGGGAACGCAAGCAAAUACUACUCUUUUUUUCCUCUACCUUUUGACUCCUUUUGUUUUUUUUUUUUUGGAGUCUGGGGGGUGGGGGAUGGGGAGAGAGUGAAAGAAAGUGAAGAAAAAAUCCAUCUGGCUACCGUGGAGAUCUGGGACUUGGUUAAUCUCUUAUGCCCCAUGAGGACUUUCCUCCCCUCCGAGUCAUGUAAAGAGUCACAGCUCAAUGCUUUGAAUCCACAGUCAUGGCUUCAGGUUGAAAGAGGGAAACUAUCAAAAAUCACCUCUUCCAAACUCUCUUCAUGUUCUUCUUCUUCAUCCAUAGAAUCUCUUAUCAAGGUCCCUGAACCGGCAGUGUUACCCUUCUUUAAACCUGUUGAUUAUGUAGAAGUUUUAGCUCAGAUUCAUGAAGAACUUGAAUCAUGUCCUCCACAAGAGAGGUCAAAUCUAUAUUUAUUGCAAUUUCAGGUCUUUAGGGGCCUUGGGGAAGUCAAAUUGAUGCGGAGAAGUCUCCGCUCAGCCUGGCAGAAUUCUAGCACUGUGCAUGAGAAGCUUGUAUUUGGGGCUUGGUUAAAGUAUGAGAAGCGACGAGAGGAGCUUAUUUCCGACUUGCUUGCCUCUUGUGGUAAAUGUGCAGAAGAGUUGGGAUCAAUAGAUAUUGCCUCGCAGCUUCAUGCUGAUUUAAGUUUGAACUCUAAUGAGACUGUUUUAGUGAAUGACGACUGUAAUUUGAGAAAUGUGAUCUUUAGAAUUGGAGAUGAGAAGAUAGUUUGUGAUAGGAAGAAAAUUGCAGGCCUUUCUGCUCCAUUCCAUGCUAUGCUUAAUGGGUGUUUCUCAGAAUCUCUUUGUGAAAAUAUAGAUUUUUCUGAAAACUGCAUAUCCCCUUUGGGUUUUAAGGCAGUAAGUGAGUUCAGUGCGACUGGCUAUUUGAAUGAAGUCUCCCCUAAUAUUUUGUUAGAAAUAUUGAUUUUUGCAAAUAAAUUCUGUUGUGAAAGGCUCAAAGAUGAAUGUGAUAGGAAACUUGCAUCUUUGGUUUCCUCUAUAGAAGAUGCUGUAGAACUGAUGGAAUUUGCUCUUCAAGAGAACUGUUCCAUCCUUGCUGCAGCAUGUUUGCGAGUGUUCUUACAUGAGCUUCCUGCUUGUUUGAAUGAUGAUCGAGUGGUGGAAAUAUUUACUCAUGCUGAUAAACAGAAAAGAAUGAUUAUGGUCGGGGCUGCCUCAUUUUCUUUGUACUGUUUAUUGAGUGAAGUUGCCAUGAAUCUUGAUCCUCAGUCUAAUAGAGCAGCUUGUUUCCUAGAACAGUUGGUGGACUCGGCCAAAACCAACCAGCAGAAAAUUUUGGCUUUUCAUCAGUUGGGAUGUGUGAGGCUUUUGAGGAAAGAAUAUGAUGAAGCUGAAUGUCUUUUUGAGGCAGCUUUGAAUUCUGGUCAUAUAUAUUCUGUAUCAGGUUUGGCUAGACUGGGUUACAUUAAGGGUCAUAGACUUUGGGCUUAUGACAAGCUUAGCUCUGUGAUUUCUUCUGUUACCCCAGUGGGAUGGAUGUAUCAGGAGAGGUCCCUGUACUGCGAAGGCAAUAAGAAAUUUGAGGACCUUGAGAAAGCAACCGGGUUGGACCCAACUCUCACAUAUCCCUACAUGUAUCGUGCUGCUUCUUUGAUGAGGAGACAGAAUGUUCAAGCUGCACUUGCAGAGAUCAACAGGAUUCUUGGGUUUAAACUUGCAUUGGAAUGCUUGGAACUUCGAUUUUGUUUUUAUCUAGCUCUUGAGGAUUAUCAAGCAGCCCUUUGUGAUGUUCAGGCAAUUCUCACACUCUCCCCAGAUUAUAGAAUGUUUGAGGGGCGGGUGGCAGCAUAUCAACUACGGACUCUAGUGCGUGAGCAUGUUGGGAAUUGGACGACAGCGGAUUGUUGGAUGCAACUGUAUGAGAGGUGGUCUUCAGUUGAUGAUAUAGGGUCCCUCUCUGUCAUAUACCAAAUGCUUGAAUCUGAUGCACCGAAAGGGGUUCUAUACUUCAGACAGUCUCUGCUUCUUCUUAGGUUGAACUGUCCCGAGGCAGCCAUGCAAAGCUUACAAUUAGCCCGUCAACACGCUUCAACUGAACAUGAACGUCUAGUUUAUGAAGGAUGGAUCUUGUAUGACACUGGUCAUUGUGAGGAAGGGCUUCGAAAAGCAGAGGAGUCUAUCAAAAUUAAUAGGUCAUUUGAGGCCUUCUUCCUUAAAGCCUAUGCACUGGCUGACUCUAGCCAGGAUCCAUCUUGUUCCGUUACUGUUGUUUCUUUGCUUGAAGAUGCUUUGAAGUGCCCGUCAGACAGACUGCGGAAAGGCCAGGCGCUUAACAACCUUGGAAGUGUCUAUGUUGACCGGGGGAAAUUAGAUUUGGCUGCUGAUUGCUAUAUAAGUGCACUUAAGAUCAGACACACUAGAGCGCAUCAGGGGCUUGCACGAGUCCGUUUUCUCAGAAAUGACAAGGCUGCUGCAUAUGAGGAAAUGACCAAACUGAUUGAGAAGGCCCGGAAUAAUGCAUCUGCUUAUGAAAAGAGGUCCGAGUACUGUGAUCGCGAACUGGCAAAAGCAGAUCUUGAGAUGGUGACAAAAUUAGAUCCACUUCGAGUGUACCCUUACAAAUAUCGAGCUGCAGUGUUGAUGGACAACCAUAAAGAGAAGGAAGCCAUUGCAGAACUAUCAAGGGCAAUUGCAUUCAAAGCAGACCUUCACCUUCUACACUUGAGGGCUGCAUUCUAUGAGCACAUUGGUGAUGUCUUGGCCGCUCUGCGUGACUGCCGAGCUGCUCUCUCUGUAGACCCAAACCAUCAAGAAAUGUUGGAAUUUCACAGUCGUGUAAACAGCCAUGAACCCUGAUUCUACAAUACCAUUACUAUGGCAUGCAAGAGAAACACUUUGUUCUUAUCAUCACCCUGUAACCUGUAUACUAUUCAUAGCCUCAACUUUUUUUUUUUUGUAAUUUAUACUUUUCAAUUUUUGUAAUUUUAUUAAUUAAUGUGAAAGUAUCCAUAUUAUAGCGAA